AUGGGAUUUUUGAGUGGUGUGCUUGGUGCGGUGAAAAACGAAAAUGAAGUGACAACUUAUGAUAAUUACAUCACUGGAGAGGAUAAAAAACUUAAUAAAGUAAUUGAGAAACUAAAUAAAAAUAUUGGCUCCGGGCGUGCUGGGCUUGUGGAGUCUGUCGCCGCGGUGAAGGGGUGGUUGGAGGGGUAUGGAAAGAGUGUAAAAGAAAAAACUGAAAAUAUAUACAUUCAAAUGAAGAUGAUAAUGAAUAAUAUCGACACGCAUAAGACCUAUAUUGAUAAUACGACAAAAGAUGGUUUUGAUGCUAUUUCUUCGAAUCUAUCGGGUUCUAUAACCAUUAAUAAAAGGCUUCUCGCUAAACUACAAAAUGAUGGAGAAAUUAUCAAAUUAAUUGAUGUGCCGUUACAGAAAAAAACAGCACCUGCUAUUGAAAAAAUUUUUCAAGCUUUUAGUGAACUAAAAAAAUUGGCAAAAAACGAUGACAUUCGAAAAACAUUUCUGAAAACGCAGCAGGAGCAUCAUGAGUUGUGUCGUUCAAUACACAAAGAACUUCACGAAAAUGCAGACAAAAAGGCAGUUGAGUUUGUUGGUGACAUACAAAGUGAGAUUAAAGAGCUUGAAAGUAAAAUGAAGAAUUUGGACCAAGGAUUGAGUGAGUCAGAAAAACAGUUAAUGCGAUUGAUAAGUAUCGCUGAUGAUGCCGUCAGACAUGCGAGGGAUAAUGAUCUAAAUAUGGAUUCCCUUGAUGCUCUAAUACGCGGAAAAUUAACAAAGCAGAUUAAAGACAUAAACAGCGAACUUUUGGAAUUCGAAAAUAAUUUCAGGAUUAAUGUGCAAAGGCCGCUUGACAGUGCAGUCAGCCUGGUGUAUACAUCUAUAACAGAGCUGUACAAAAAAAUUGACAAUGUUGGUGGCGCAACACUAGCAGAUUCGGAACAUAAGACUGUUGAUGAGUUAAUUGCGUAUAUUAAAAAACAGGUUUUUACAAUAAAAAAUAGCGUGUUGGGCGGUGACAACGCUAAAAGUAGUGUCGAACAUCAUUGGAAAGAUUUUAAAAGUGGCGUUGAGAAUCUAGUUAAGGAACUCAAUGGUACGGAUGUCGCUGAUCCAGGACCUCGGCGAACCGGUCUUCUUCGUGAUAUUCUUGACGGUGUUUUAAAAUAUGCCAAAAGGUUCAGUGAGAGGGGUAAUGAAGAAGAGUAUUUUGAAAAAACUGUGGAGGAGUGGGUAGUGAACAUUCUGACUGACAAUGAGUUUGUGAGACAAAAGUUUAAGGCGUAUCUUAAGGGUAACAGUAAGUUGCAUUCGCAAUAUAAAAGUGCAGACAGUAGUGAUGAACUUAAUGACGAAGGUAUCGCGAAGAUCGCACAACAGAUUGUUGCCAACCUUAAAGUCGGUAUUAUUGACGACGCUGUGAAAGAUUUCAAAAGUACCAUUGACAGUGUUCGACUUGACCACAACGACAAGAUUCAGAAAUAUGUCAGCGCUGUUCAAAUUGUCUGUCAGCAAUUUUCUGGAGGAAUUGAUUUGCAGAUGGACAGACACAAAAAAGGCGAAAUUAAUUUUGAUGGCGCAAUCGCAGCGAUCGAUAGAGUAGUUUUGAAGAAUCCAGCUUCUCCUUCCGCCGCCAUGGCAAAAGGGUAUCUUGAGGAAGCUUACAAGCGAAUAAUGUAUGUACUAUCCACCACCGCCGAUCAGGUUGCCUCUGAACUGCAGCAGUUCGUCAAUAAAUCGAGCCUCGACACCGCAGUGGAAGCGGCUAUAGGUAAAGUGGCUGGGAUGGCUACGUUGCUAAGAAGCGACCCAGUAACUGGGGCAUUAGAUUACUUGAAAAAACCCAUAAGCAACCUUCACGGAAAUCUCGAAAACGCGACUGGACAACUCUCCACUGGUGGUAGAACUGCUGGAGACAGUACUAAUUACGCCAAAAACGUUGACACAAGGUUGAAAGAAGUGCAAAGUCAGACACAAGCACUAUUGAGUGGUAUGAAAAUUCAGCGAAUGGCUCUUGACGCGGCGAUUAAAGGCGUUGAUGAGCCGCUGGCAGCGAUCACCGUAUUAGCUAAUCAGCUUAACGCUAAGGAUAAUGGCAUAGAAAAAACCGUUAAGUAUUUAGAAAUGUUUCUAAAAACCCUCGGGCAGAAUAAUGAAGAAGGUAGUCUGCGUAUGUCAAUUAAGAAGUGCAUUAACGCCAAUCAUAGCGCUUUAUCAUACUUAAGAAAGCAGGUCAAACAAGCUGUGGAAGCUGCCAAGGCAUCCAUCAUUGAGUAUAUCCAGACCACAUCUGAAGAGUUGAUCAAACGUAUCAACUCGGCAACCGACGCCAUGAAAACUGAAGCCCACAGUUUAUAUGCUAAUCGCAGGAAGAAUGAGCUGCAGGACCUGAAAGACGUUGUGGAGCUUCGGCUGGGAGAAAUAAAAGGAAUAAUAUACCUCGACUCCAUAAGUGGCCACAAAGCUCUUCUGAAACGUGUGAAAGGUGACUUAGAUGAUUUUGGUAAGCUGGUUCGGCGGCAAGAUAAUAAACUUGAUGCACUGCAAAAUAAGGAGUCCGUCGAGGAAUUGUCUCAGGCAUUCAGGGCCUAUGUUGAUCCUAUAUUAUUUCAUGUUGCUGAUGAAAUUAGAAAAUUAUUCGAGUCCGAAGGUCCACACAACAUAUAUCAUAUGAAGUUGGAAACCGCUUAUGAGAAACUCAAACUUGUGCUUGCCCACUUGAAAAACAACUCCAACAGGAAAUUUACGUUCGACUCCAGAUUUUCCGAGCUGCUUGACCAACUCCAGAAUCUGCUCGGCGACUUUAAUCCUUCAACGUCCUUCUCGGAAAUCUCCAUGCCGCUUCUGGAUGCCGUAAAGCAUGGAUUGACGUCUUUCUCCUCGGAGCUAACUAAGGCAUACGUGUCGCCGUACUCUGGUCAGAACAUCAAUUGGGCUGUUGGUCUCGACUCCGUGUUAUCAGGGCAGCCUAAAAAAUGCGCACAAAUUCUCUGCACAUUGGUACCAAUAUUGCUGGAAGAUCUGAGUGAGUUGUCAGAAAACUGUGAUGGUAGGUGGAAAGGAAAGAUGAUUAACUUAUCCAUCGAGAGCACGAAGUAUAACACAGUUAACGGUCUCGGAGGUUUCUUUGCAAACCGUGGCUACGAUGUUUCCCGGUCGGACAAGCAAGAGGGUGAACUGAGGAACAAAGAUGGUUGCAAAGGGGAACACAUUCAGAGGUGGAUUGCGGGGACAGUCGUGUCUCAGUCCGGCAACCGCAAUCUCAUUGAUGAUCUUAAGUGUAUAUUUGCACACCUGGAAACGUAUAAUCAAGUUUGCCACAUGGCAACCCAAUUCUCCACUAAGUAUCCGUGCUCUGUUUACGAAAUGCUGAUGUGGCUCUGCGGACUGCCGUAUAAUGCCGUGCGCUCAGACUUGUUACGUGAAGGCAUAGGCAACUUACUUGAAAAUCCGGAUAAGAAGCUAGCUAAUGUCGAUGGCAUCGCGCUCUACGAUCAUGAAUCGUCAUACCUAGACGCCUAUCCGAGUAAAAUUACAUAUAGGAAUCUCGACGCUGUAUUGCACCACGUAUGCGAAAAAGCGUACGAUGUUCUGACUCAUGUCGUAGGCUUUGGUGAUGAAUUUACCGUGUACGCCUGUGAGUUCUCAACCAAUUCGUUACACCUAAUGUAUCCAACAGACCCAUCGCAGUGCCUGGAUAUGCUGCUCGACAUUCUGCGUAGAUUAUUCCGAGCUCUACGGUUCUUGCGCAGCCGGUGUAAGGUUCCAGCUGAGCAUUACGGUUGGCGUGACUGCCGAUACGGAAGAGAUGUAUUCACAUCCAAAUCGCAUUGUAACAACCAGUCAACCGGCAAAGCAGCGUGCCAUCCUACGUGUGAAGCAACGUGCAAACCAAAUUGCCGAGUUCACGCCUCAGUAAGUUGUCAACCAAAUUCACCACUUAUGUCUUAUCUGAACGAUUGUCUACCCGGACAUCUACCUCACAGAUUGCAAUCAGUGGGAUGUAAACCCAAGUGUAAUACGUGUUCUGCGAGCUCUACAAAAAGUAUGCCGUGUCUAACCCCCCUAGGUUUCAGGGCAUUCUCAGGAUGCACGAAAUCUGGUGAGGAUCUGUGUAAAAUUAUUGAGACAUUCAUGAACAUCGAUGAUAUCGACGCACUGUUUGCGCUCACACCCAGUCCACCGUCUACUCUACCAGAGCAUUACGCUUUCACGUUGUCAUUUGUUGACGGUUGGGAAACCAAUAACAAACAUUCCUUCUUAGAAUUAAUGCGCACAUCGCUUACUGAACAGUCCAUUAAAUUAUAUAAAAACACGGACGACCUCACAGAUUUGUUGCGUCAAACAUACGGCAACACACCGAGCGACCAUGGUAAGACGUAUAAAGAUGGCGACAAAAUAGAUUUGUCGUGCUUCUCACUGACCACCAUAUGCUCCAAUAAACAACACUGUGCUCCGUACGUAUCUAACUUAUGUUGUGAUGUAUACGGGCAUUUCGCUCAUAAGCAUUCAAACCUCUACAUGUCCUGGGCAAUAUAUUUAACAUGGGAUUUCUGGAAUUGUCUUAACAAUUUGUACAAUGACUUCAUACAGAUAUUCUGCUUAGAUUGGGGAUGCCAGAUGUGCUUGAAUGGCAACUCAUGUAAACCAGGUAAACAUGGUAUGCCUAAUCCAAAAGGCCCUGGAUCAGGUUGCCUAUGUCCUUCCCUAGUUGGAUGUAGAGGCGUCUGGCCGACGUUGUACAACUACGGAUUAACAUUUCAAAAUGUCAAAACAUUAAUAACAAUGAAGAAGAAGUGUAUUGAUAUGCGCAGCCAAUUAUACGAUGUUCUGCACUCUGAUUAUUUUAAAAACCUUUUCACAGAAUGCGACAACUUCCUCUACCAAAUCCGCCUCCCCUUCAUGACUCUAACCCUCGCCCUCUGGCUCCUCUCUUUAUUGUACCUCCUCCACAUCAUGGUCAUCCGCCUAGACCUGCUCCACAUCAAAUCUCACUUACACUCACCGUCAACACAUCGCAUAGCCGCUCAAUCGCUACUCGCCGCGGCACGUGUCAGCAAGCUUAACAGAGUGUUUUAUCUACAACCAUAA